AUGAUACGAGCACUUAAGGAAGAAAUAAUUAGCGAAUUGAAUAUCUGGCAAGAAACUAAUAGCGAAAAUUGCCAACUGAAAAUUAGUAUUGAUAAUUUUCAACAAAGACUUAAAGAAUUGGAUGUUUUAUGUAUUAAUUGUGAAACGUUUAAUGCUGAAAUUGAUCGUCGAAAAAAACGCUAUUCAGAACAGUUAACAAAAAUUUCAAAAUUAAUUUCUGAGCAGAAUUUUGAUGCUGCUAAUUGGGCAAUAAUUUUGGAUGAAAUGGCAUUCGUAAAUCGAGAAUUAUUUGAUAUUUUGUUGUCAACAGCUAUUGCAGAACGAAAAGCUCUUCAGGUGGAGAUAGCUGAUGAAGAGAAGUAUAGAAUUAUAGCCGAAAAAUUUGUUUUAAAACGAAUCGAAUUACGCCAAGAAUUAUAUUCUCAAAUGAAUAGUUAUGAAUCAUUGAGAGUACAAAUCAGCCAAACUGAAGAUAACUUAGCAAAUCUUCAAAAAACUAUUGAUGUAUAUGAUGCAGAAUAUUGGCAAUUAAAUGAUACAAGACAUGAUUUACAAUCACAAAUUUUCAAACUACAAGAACUUUUUCGUAAUUCUCAGCGUCAUCAUUACCUUAAUUCAUCAAGUAAAUCAUCCUCUUCAAAUGAUGAUAGUGGUGAUAAAAAUGAUAAGAAUGAAAAUAUAAAAAAGAAAAGUAAUAAAUGCUUCGAUGCAACCAUUCCGUAUCGCACGAUAUCAAAGAAGAAGGAUUAUGAUACUGUUAAUGCUAAGCAGAAGAUAAAAAUUACACAAACAAAUGACACAUCAAGUUCAAGUUUGGAUAUUUCAUCAGAUUUUAUUUGGAAGAAGCGAAAAAUUGGUUCCAAGCAAAAUCGAUCAAAAUCAUCAAGUUCACCGAUAUCCUCAAAUUCAUCAUAUUUUCUCGUUCAACAUCAUAAAUUACCACUCAAUCCUAAAUUAACAGUAAUUCACUUAAGUUUUAUGAAUUAUUUACAUUUUAUGAAAAUAAUUAAUAAUUUUGAUGAGUUCAAUAGUUUAUCAAAUGUUUACUGUUACAAGAAAUCGCAACGUGAAAAACAAACCAAUCAGAUACACAAGAGAGAUUCAGAUGGAUCAUCAUCGAUGGAAUCUUUCAAGACCAUUCGAUCAGGAACUACUGGAACUGAAAAACAAACUAAAUAUUCUGAACCAGUCAAAUCAACCAAAACUUCUACCAUGUCGCCGGAUUGUGCUAGAGACGUGAAAUUGCAAACGUCAUUGAUCGAUCCGAAACUGAAGGAAAAAAGCAGUGGAGUUGAAACUGAACAAGAAAGUACCACAGAUUUAGAAAGCAGCAUUGAGGAAAACAGUAUCAAUUCAACUAAGGAUGAUGAAACGACAGAUUUAACAUCUGAAUCCAUUUCGUUUUCGGAUAUACCAUUAUCAAAAAAACCUGAUAGCAUGCCAGCAAUUGAUAAUGAUAUCAAAGAUCAAGAAAAAAAAUCGUCUUCGUUAUUGGAUAAUUCAUCAGAACAACAAACUGAUAUUCAACUGUCUUAUCACCAUUCAGACUCUGAAAUACCAACAAACAAAAACAGUUUAUUAAAACAACAACAACAACAACAACAACAACAACAACAAAAACAGCAACAACAACAACAACAACAGCAACAACUAAUGCAUCAACCACGUCACAAUCUCAUGUAUCAACAAGAGGAAUCUGAUGAUCAACAUUUGCAAACCUUAUCGCCACAAAAUAAACAUAUUGAAUUAUGGGAGGAAAUUUCAGAAAGGACAUUUUUCCGUGAUAUUGAUAAUCAAUUAUGA